UCCUUCCCCUCCCUGCCGUGCCUUGGCCCCUCAGAGUUUUGCCCAAGGGUGGCUGAUGGGGGAGGAUGGAGUUUCUUGGAACCACCCAGACGACCAGUUACUGUGGCCCCAAGAAAGCCUGUGGCUUCAGUGCCCUGCCCCCGGCCGUGCCGGCCCCGGAGAUCCAGGAAUGUUACCAGCCCUAUUACCUGCCUGGGUACCGCUACCUCAACUCAGGGAGACCCAGCCUCUUCUACAAGAUCUCCAACGCCCAGACCUGCAUGGAUGAGGGAGCGAUGUGCCUCAGCGCCCUGAGGCCACCCACCAUCCUGCCCGUGCUCCGCUCCGCGCUCUUCUGUCGCUACAGCCCCCAUGACUGGGACAGGUCCAACAAGCUGCAGAUGCGCGGGGCCGAGGCCUCUCGGCUGUGGGCCAGCCGGCUGACCGGCGACUCCAUGCGGCUCAUGCAGGACAAGGACCAGCUGACCCGCCAGAUGCAGGAGGGGACCAGCCGGAACCUGGGCCAGAGGCUGUCCGAUAUUGGCUUCUGGAAGUCUGAGCUGGGCUACGAGCUGGAGAGGCUCCUAAACGAGAACCGCAGCUUGGAGACAGUCAAGAGGCGGCUGGAGUGUGUGGCCGAGGAGCUCAACUGUCCACUGCAGGUUGCUCUGGAGUGUCUGUACCAUCGAGAGAAAAGGAUCGGGAUCGAUUUGGUCCAUGACAAUGUGGAGAAAAACCUUAUCCGGGAAGUAGAUUUGCUAAAAUGUUGCCAAGAACAGAUGAGAAAACUAGCUCAAAGAAUUGAUAUCCAGAUGCGGGAUAACCGAGAUGCCCAGCAUGCUCUGGAGAGGGACCUCGAGGACAAAACCUCAGCCCAGUUUAUCGAUGAGAAGUGCUUUAACCUGAGGAACACGUCAGACUGCAUCAGCUUCUUCCAUGGCAUGGAGAAGGUCGAUGGCACGAUCUCUGUGCCCGAGAGCUGGGCCAAGUUCAGCAAUGCCAACAUCAGGCACUCGCAGAACAUGCGGGCCAACUCCAUCCGGCUGUGCAAAGAGGCUGAGAAUCUCUUUGAGGCCUUGUCGGAUCAGAUGUGGAAGCAGUUUACCCACACCAACCUGGCCUUCAGUGCCCGCAUCUCCGAGGUGACAGAUGCGAAGAAUAAACUGCAGACGCAGCUGGCGAAGACGCUGCAGGAGAUCUUCCAGGCAGAGAAUACCAUCAUGCUUCUGGAAAGGUCCAUCAUGGCCAAGGAGUGCCCACUGAAGGUGGCGCAGACGAGGCUGGAGUGUCGGACCCGGCGCCCCAAUGUGGAGUUGUGCAGGGACAUCCCACAGUUCAACAAAUGCCCCACGACUCAGUGGCUUGUCCUCAUCCUGAGCGAGACGUGUGGAGAUGUGAAGAGAGCCAGAGAAGUAAAGAGAAGGAGGAAGAAUGUUCUGAGAGAAAAUGCUGGAUGGCUCCAGGCUCGUGAACGAGGUGUUCACCAUCGACGACACCUUGCAGACUCUCAAGCUGAGACUCCGCGAGACGCAGGACACGCUCCAGCUGCUGGUAAUGACCAAGUGCCGGCUGGAGCACGAGCUGGCCAUCAAGGCCAACACACUCUGCAUCGACAAGGAGAAGUGCAUGAGCAUGCGCAAGACCUUCCCCUGCACGCCACGCCUGAUGGGCUAUACCUGAGCCGCCGCCGCCGGCCCCUGGCAUCCCGCUCCGCGCCUGUUCCGUGUGCAGCAUAAAAAUGGAAAAGGCAGAAAAACAAAAUAAAGUGUCAUUUUCUCCCUUUCCUCCUAUCAUGGAAAGAAAAACCAUGUUACAUAAAUAUAUAUAUUCAGAGCCAAAAUAAACGUGCCCAAACCAAA